AUGCUGUUCAAGAGACUGCUGAGCACUUCGCCUAAAUGUAUCGGGUUUGCAUUUGAUAUCGAUGGCGUGCUUCUGCGUGGGAAGAACCCAAUUGCUCGGGCGGGCAAGGCGUUGAGGCUUCUCACCGAGGCCAAAGUACCCUUUGUCCUGCUCACGAAUGGCGGGGGCACCCUCGAGGCGCAGAGAACCAAGUUCAUAUCAGAUGCUUUGAAAGUCGACAUCUCUCCUUUGCAAAUCAUACAGGCUCAUACGCCAUACAAAACGAUGAUCUCGAGGUACAGCAAGAUCCUGGCUGUUGGGUCUCCAGCAGUGAGAGGUGUCGCUGAAAAAUACGGUUUCAAAGAUGUUGUCCACACGAACGACAUCGUUCGGUACAACAAGGACAUUGCGCCCUUUUCUGGGCUUUCCCAGGAACAAUUGAUCGCAAACUCAAGAGAUAUUCCGGGACUCGACAAGUCCAAAUUUGAUGCAGUUCUGGUGUUCAACGACCCUAGAGAUUGGGCAGCAGAUUUGCAAGUGGUUACAGAUCUUUUGAUCAGCGAGGGAGGCCUGCUGAACACUUUGCGCAGGGAGAAAUCUGCCACUCCAGCGGUACCGAUAUAUUUCUCGUGUAACGACUUGCUCUGGGCGAACCCUUACCAAUUGAACAGAUUUGGCCAGGGAGCCUUCAGACUGCUGAUCAAAACACUGUACUCGCAAAUGAACGACGGACUACCCCUGAAUGACCAUAUUUUGGGUAAACCAACUAAACUAACGUACGAUUUUGCACACCAUGUUUUGAUCGAUUGGCAACAGAAAAUGGUCAACAGCCAAGUGGACUCGGACCAGCAGAUCCUGCCAGAGAUAGGUAUCGAACCAACGUUCACACCGUUCGAUAAGGUCUUCAUGGUUGGAGAUAACCCAGCAAGUGAUAUCAUAGGGGCACAGAACUAUGGGUGGAAUAGCUGUUUAGUAAGAACUGGGGUAUACCGUGAUGGUGAUCACUUAGCAAACGUAGAACCUACCAUGAUCGUUGACGAUGUCUACGAGGGGGUGGUUUCAGUUUUGAAUAAAUACUCGUGA